GGGCCCCGUUCCCCGUCCGCGGCGGCCCUGCCACGGUCCCCGCGUCCCCGCCGGCAGGAGCUCGGGGAGGACCCGGCGGCGGCGCUGCUGCUGGCGGCGGCUGGCUGGAUGCGAGACCCGAGCGGACCUAGCGGCGGACGGCGGCUCUCGACUCCGGAAAGCGGAUCGCGGAGCGGACGAGCCCGGACGCGCUGGCCAUGGCCUCCAACUUUAACGACAUAGUCAAGCAGGGCUACGUGAAAAUCCGCAGCAGGAAGCUGGGGAUUUUCAGGCGAUGCUGGUUGGUUUUCAAGAAGGCUUCUAGCAAAGGACCCAGAAGGUUAGAAAAAUUUCCGGAUGAAAAGGCAGCUUAUUUCAGAAACUUUCAUAAGGUAACUGAGCUGCACAACAUCAAAAAUAUAACCAGACUGCCUCGAGAGACGAAGAAGCAUGCGGUGGCGAUUAUCUUCCACGACGAAACAUCAAAGACAUUUGCCUGUGAGUCAGAGCUGGAGGCCGAGGAGUGGUGCAAACACCUGUGCAUGGAGUGCCUGGGGACCCGGCUCAAUGACAUCAGCCUCGGGGAGCCCGACCUUCUGGCAGCGGGAGUGCAACGGGAACAGAAUGAACGAUUCAAUGUGUACCUUAUGCCUACACCAAAUCUGGAUAUUUAUGGUGAAUGUACAAUGCAGAUCACUCACGAGAACAUCUAUCUCUGGGAUAUCCACAAUGCCAAGGUCAAACUGGUGAUGUGGCCUCUCAGCUCACUGAGGAGAUACGGUCGGGACUCCACCUGGUUCACAUUUGAGUCAGGAAGAAUGUGUGACACAGGAGAAGGACUAUUCACUUUUCAAACAAGGGAAGGCGAAAUGAUCUAUCAGAAGGUCCAUUCUGCGACACUGGCCAUAGCAGAGCAGCAUGAGAGGUUAAUGCUGGAAAUGGAGCAGAAGGCCCGGCUUCAGACAAGCUUGACUGAACCAAUGACAUUAUCCAAAUCAAUAUCUCUCCCUCGGAGCGCAUACUGGCAUCACAUCACACGUCAGAACAGCGUUGGAGAAAUCUACAGUUUGCAAGGUCACGGGUUUGGCUCCUCCAAGAUGUCCCGAGCGCAGACGUUUCCCAGCUACUCAGGGGAGCAGAGCGAGGAGGCACCGCAGCCCCUGUCGCGGUCCAGCAGCUACGGCUUCAGCUACAGCUCCAGCCUCAUUCAAUGACCCGUGGGGAGUCGCUGCUGACCAGAGAGACUCGGCUGGGCCGCCUGCGGGGUCAUCGCGCCCCGCCUCCUGCAAGACCAACGGCAGUACACUGACGUGGGUCGGGUCUAGCCCCAAUCCCAUUGGAAGGUUAAAAACUGGAGUUCUGCUUCCUUGAUUCCGUGGCUAAGUCCUUUUAUUUAUUGAACUUUUUUUUUGGUGGGGGGGAGAUCUAUGUUUUACAAAAAUAGAAUCUAAAUCGUAUGAACAGUCAUUUAAAUAAACAAAAUUCUUGGGUCUGCCAGUAGCGGAAGCCUUGGCACUGAGAGAAGUUGGCCACCCUGCACUGGGGUUUGCUUGUGUGGGGAACACCUCACCCCUCCAGCCUCCAGCUCAGUCCUCCCGUCUGAGCAGAGGGUCUGUCCUGAGGACAGAAUGGUAUCUCCGUGGCUUUCAAAGCUUUGACAGGAACAUUCCAGUAAGUUAGAAGUCCAGUGACAAU